UAUCCGUCGAUGUAAGUGAUCGACUGAUAUACGCGGUCGGUUUACGCUCACCAGUUCCUUGAUCUUGUAGUAGAAUUGCCCCUAAACCGACCUGCGGACUGGCAUCAGAGACAACAUACGUUGGAGGGUCCAAACGGAAACAAGCCAAGGCUGGUGCGCCAGAUAAUGCUUCUUUCAAGACUUCGAAUACCUUUACUUGCUCAUUCCCCCAUGACCACUUCUGCUCUUUCCGAGUGAGUUUUCGAGGCGGUUCGGCUAUGUUCGCAUAAUUCGGGAUAAACUUAGAAACAUAGCCACAAGUUCCAAGAAACGACCGAAGAUCGGAUACGUUGUUGGGAGAAGGUGUAGCUUUGAUAGCUUCCGUUUUCGCCGGAUCAGGUUCGAUUCCUUUUUCAGAGACAACGUGGCCUAAAAUCGAAAUUUGCUUUACCCCAAAUUCACACUUGCUACGAUUAAGCUUGAGGUUGUGCUUUCGGCAUCAAGUGAAAACUUUUCGGACCCGCUGAGGGAGUUCAGCCAUAUGGUCUUGCCAUAGAUAAUUACAUCAUCGACCGAAAUGCGGACACCCUGGACGCCAAACAAAAUUUUUAUCCAUCAUUCUCUGGAAGGCUUCGCUCGCGUCGCUGAGGCCGAAAAGAGUUCGCUUAAAUCGGUAACAACCACGAGGCACAAUAAACGUAGUGAUAUAACGCGACUCUUGCAAAUACCAACUUUUGGCGUCGAUCUUAGCGGAGUACUUGGAACCAUGCAAAGCAUGAAAGGUAUCCUCGAUCCGUAGGUAGAACAUAUCGCUCUCUAAGAACACAUUGGCGACGAGGAAGAGAUUCGAACUACUGAACAGGUAGACGAAACCGAACAGCCAGAAACGGCAGGGAGUCCACGACAGAUGGACGAUUGUUACUUGCACGCGCACCGUUUAACAUCGAUGCUGCAGAUCUUUACAGCGAGUGGAGAAAGCUGAGUUAGUGCCUUUGAAAUUUACGCCAUGGCAUCAGACUUGCAGAAAAAGGCAGAUCCCGUCCUCGUCGCUAAUGUGUUGUGUAUUCAUUUAGUGGGGACACACACACUCUUCAAUUGUUUACUAUAUUCCCAAUACACUAUAAUUUCCUUUAUUCUGCUGGUCUCGAUGUGUGAUUCAGGGCUGACAUUAUAGGGAGAAGUUAGAUGCUAAUAACGCACAGAGGAUCAAAGAACUUCGAACAGCUUUAUGCAUUUAAAUGAUUGUGAUUUGUAUUUUUUUUUCAGUUAAAGCACCAACGUUUUCUAAACCUCUUGGUCCCUUCUACUUGUUCAAGAAUAGUCAAGGCGUCCUCAAAUGCGAACCAGACGCUGCUCCUCCUCCAACAUUCGAGUGGUUCAGAAAUGGAACAAAGAUCACAACUGGCCGACGCUACACUGUUCAGGCAGAUGGCGUCUUGUGGAUCAAUGAUGUUACUGAAGAUGAUAGGGGCGAAUAUCGUUGUAAUGCCACGAACGUCUUGGCCACGGCCGAGGAUGUUGGAACAGCAACUGUUUAUGAAAGAACACGAAUUACAGUUAAACCAGAAAACAAGCUUGUUCCACAGCGCGUCAAUAUCGACCUUCGUUGCCGGGCAAAGGCUGAUACACGACUGGAACUAAAGUAUUACUGGAGGAGAGAUGAUGCAGUUAUUGAGUACAACUCAAAGAUAGAGUGGUUAGAGCGAGAAAACGUUUUAAAAAUCUACGAUGUAAGAGUUGACGACACUGGCAAUUACACCUGUGUCGCUUACACGCCUGAACCUGAGAGGUCGGAAGAUCAGGCAUCAGCUGAAGUUAAUAUUGAAGGUUUGUUUACAUUAAUGCAUCGNAAGAAUUGA